AUGGUGACCUGCCCCGGGGUUCCAACCGGUUCAAAACAAUCAACUUAUCUCUGCCGAAAUGCACUGUAUAGAAAUCCGUCUGCUACACUGAUCAAUAAUCCCGAAACGUCCAAUGCAUUGAGAAAUGUGGAUGAAACAGUCUCACGGCGUCACGGUCAAUUGGACCUGUUCGGUUCGGAUACCGGUCCGAACAGCUGCAUCGGUAUGAUUGUGGGCAAAUUGGACUAUUGGAUUCGAUUGACUGUUCCAAUGCCUCAGGCACUGAGGAUCUAUCGUGAACGUUUCCGCAGUUUGCCUCGAAUGCCAGCUGUCACCGGACAAGCGCGCCUCCAGCCGCCCCAACAAUCCGGUCCAGAUGGUGAAGCUCGUGGAGAUGGAGCAAUCGCACCGGACGGAGAUCCAGGGAACAAUCAGCUUUGUGUGUACAUCACGUCUGCCUCGGAUUUGCGUGCUCGUCGUCCCGACUGUUUGCCAUCACCGUAUUUUGUUUAUCAAUUCUACGAUCAGCCGGAACAGGUCUCCGUAGUGAUGGAGGCAUGUUCAAAUGCCAAAUUCGAUCACUUACAGUCGUAUCCGGUUGUAAUGGAUGAAAAAUUGGACCAAUAUCUUCGAACACAUCAGUUAACAGUGUUUUUGAUGGACAACGCUGAUCCCGAGGAGGCUGCCAGUUGUCUGGGAGCAGCACAAAUUCCACUUCUCGGCCUAGUCACUCGCGGUCCACAAGGCCGAAUUGAGGGCACAUUUGCUGUACAGCCUCUGACCAGUGUGGAAGCAAAAUCUCCCCCAAACGAUUCCAGUCGUUUGAAUUGGAAUUCACCAGCAACCGCGGUUCCGACAGAUGCUAACGGACAGAUUCACAUCAAAUUGUAUUGGCAACGACCGUAUACAUUCGGCCGCUCAACGGCCGACCCGAUCCAAACAAGUCAGUCCGGAAAUUCAGUGGAAAAAAAUGAACCGGAGAUUCUUACGGCCAGUACAGUUCAGUCGGUUCAGUCUGCACCCAAAUCUGCUGGUCUGCGUGGGACACAUGCAUUGAAAUCACAGGCAAAAACUGAUGCACAUGUGGUCAAGGAACAGAAUGAAACGGCUGUUUCCGAGUUGACAGACAAAAAGCAUUUGACAAAGAAGGACACAAUCGAACCGAGUCACCCAAGCGGAUCAGAUCAGAGCAAGGAACAUAAAACGCUGAAAAGUGAGAGAAAAAAAAGUCCAUUAAAAUCGGAGAUCAAGUCCGAUGACGAGGCGGCAUCCGAAGCGGGCUUACCCGAUCGAUCAAACAUUGCCGAACGGCGGAACACCAAUGCCAGUUCGAUCCGUCUAACCCGAAAGGCACCGACAGUAUCCGUGCUUCCGGAACGACUCAUGUCCUCACCCGAUCAAACAAGCACUGAAGGUAUCGUUUGUGCACCUAACGCGGAUCUCGGCUAUUUCUUUCGAACAUUGCACUCUAUAGAUCGAUUUUAUGCCGUUGUCUUCACGUUUUAUGUCACUUCGACUAUGGGCACCAGAUCUAACGAUUCCAAUUUUCCAAAACCACUGCCACGACAAAAACUGAGCAAAACGCAUUCGCCCAGAUCUGUGACGAGGAUACAGUCCUUGACCGGGAAGAAAAACGUAGCUGAAAGUAAACUGGUCUCGUCGACUGAAUCCCCACGACAAACACCGACUGCGAAGAUCGAUGAUGGUCACGUGCAGAUUCGUCUCAAUCGCAUUCAGCUAACUCGAAAACCGGCCAGUUGGAAAGACUGGGGUAAAACACAUCGUGUAUUCGUGGAGUAUCGAUUUUUGGGCUAUGCGGAACCGUUCGAAACGGGGUCGUAUGCACUGAGUGCAAAAGAAACUGGUGGAAAACCGGUUUAUGAGGCAGAAUUGAAUUAUGCCAAAAGUAAGUAA